GCCCCACCAUCCCCGCCGUUAAAAUUCAAAUGUCCCUAACGGCUACAUUAGAUAGCUCAAUCACCCCAUUGCCAUUUUCAAGAACCAAGAAGCAACCCAAACUCAAAACCCCGAAAAACCGAAAAUCUUUUCCACAACCUCUUAAUUAAACCUAGAAAUCUUGCACUUGGAAUUAAAACCCAUAAAUCCUUUGAUCCCGAAACUGCUAUCUUCCAUUGAAACCCAAUCUGAUUUGAUGGAUUCAACGACAUCAACGACAACACCGCCAUAUCUCCACCAUUCCCGAUCCGAGCCGCCGUCCCGGGCCAAGUCGGCCUCGCGCCUUGCUCACACCGGACAUAUCCCCCACCCCUCUCUCGGCCUCAUAAAAUCAUCACCCAAGAGGACUUCAUCCCCUUCCGCUCAUUCCCGCAAAUCUUUCGAAUCGCUCCCUCUCCGCGAGCUACUGCUUCUUUCGUCUCCACCUGUCCAAAAAAGAUCCAAGACUCGUCUCAUGGAUCGUCUUGAAAUGGCUGAUGACCCUGCUGUCGAGGUUCCAGGGGCGCGCCGCAGGUGCAAAGGCAGAGGCUCGCAGAUGGGACUACUGGGCUGUGCCUCGCCGAGGAACACUCGGAGGUUGCGGAGGUGGUCAGAGACUGAGACUUGGGAAGAGAAAGAUUCGGGCUUGGUGGAGGAGAUUGCGAAGCCGAGGAAAAGGCGGUCCAAGAAGGAAAAGCUCGUCUUGGUUCCCUGUUUGCCCUUCCCAAGUUCGUCAUCAAUAGAUGAUGAGUAUCGGGGUAGCCUUGAUCGAAUUGGGCAGCUCAUGAGUGAUAUGGUUAUGUGGAGAGAUGUUGCAAGGUCAAGCCUUUGGCUUGGUUUGGGGUCUCUCUUCUUCCUUUCCUCUUGCUUUGCCAAAGGAAUCAACUUUAGCAUUUUCUCAGCGAUUUCCCACAUCGGACUUUUGUUUUUGGGUGCUUCAUUUGUCUCGAAUUCAAUCUGCCAAAGAAAUAAUAUCGAAAAGAAGCAUGAUUUUAUCCUCAAAGAAGAUGACAUUCUUGGUGUGGCCAAACGGAUACUUCCUGCUGUAAAUCUUGCCUUAUUAAAGAUGAGAGCACCUUUCUCAGGAGAGCCAUCCAUGACCCUCAAGGUAGCACCAUUCUUUCUUCUUGGAGCAGAGUAUGGGCAUAUUAUAACACUCUUGAGGCUCUGUGUGCUUGCUUUUUUUGUCAGCUUCACAAUCCCAAAACUAUACUCAUGCUACGCCAGUCAAAUCAACCAAAAAGGUAUCCAUAAUCCACCAGUCUACUUAUCCACUUCAGUCUAUCUUUAUAACUUAUGCGAAAAUUAACUUAACACACAAAUUAAACUCUCUUGUUGGUAAUUGUAGUAUGGAUAAGUAGAGAUCGU